AAAACAUUAAACUAACAUUACGUCUAUUGCGAUGUUAACUUGAGCUGAGACCGGCCCGUCGUCUUCUGCGUGAAACAACAAAAAUCAAAUAAAAGAGAGAUUGUUCUCCUCCGUCCGAGAAACCGAUCAUAGUACGAAGGAUUACACUCAAAGAUCGGCGGUGAUGCAGAGAACAAGAAGACGAUGCGAAGGCACCGCCAUGGGCGCCACCGUCUUCGAUCUCCGACCCGGCGUCGGCAUCGGACCUUUCUCCAUCGGAAUGCCAAUUUGUGAUGCAUUUGCGCAAAUAGAGCAACAACCUAACAUAUACGACGUCGUCCAUGUUAAAUACCACGACGAGGAUCCUCUGAAAUUGGAUAUUGUUAUUAGCUUUCCGGAUCAUGGUUUUCAUCUACGGUUCGAUCCUUGGUCUCAGAGGUUACGCCUGGUUGAGAUAUAUGAUGUAAAGCGGCUUCAGAUGCGUUACGCCACUUCUAUGAUUGGGGGUCCAUCAACCCUGGCGACGUUUGUGGCUGUUUAUGCACUUUUUGGACCGACCUUUCCUGGGAUUUAUGAUAAAGAAAGAGGGGUUUAUUCUCUCUUCUACCCGGGGCUAUCCUUCCAGUUUCCGAUUCCUAACCAGUACACGGACUGCUGCCAUGAUGGAGAAGCGGCACUACCAUUGGAGUUUCCAGAUGGCACCACGCCAGUAACAUGCCGGGUCUCUAUAUAUGACAACUCAAGCGACAAAAAAGUUGGUGUAGGAAAGCUGAUGGAUAGAGCUUCUGUCCCUCCUUUGCCUCCUGGCAGCCUUUAUAUGGAAGAGGUUCAUGUCAAGCUUGGCAAGGAGUUAUACUUUACUGUUGGGGGGCAGCAUAUGCCUUUUGGUGCAUCGCCACAGGAUGUAUGGACUGACUUAGGACGACCGUGUGGGAUUCACCCAAAGCAGGUAGAUCAAAUGGUUAUUCAUUCCGCCUCAGAUCCACGACCAAAGACGACUCUUUGUGGUGAUUACUUUUACAACUAUUUUACUCGUGGUAUGGACAUCCUGUUUGAUGGCGAGACUCACAGAGCUAAGAAGUUUGUUCUUCACACCAACUAUCCUGGUCAUGCUGAUUUCAACUCAUACAUAAAGUGCAACUUUGUGAUCUCUGUUGGAGAGAGUGAGGCAGAAGCAAACAGAGGUGGAAACAAGAUCACUCCAAGAACAAAUUGGGAGCAGGUUAAGGAAAUACUCGGGGAGUGUGGACCAGCAGCAAUACAGACACAGGGCUCGACGAGCAACCCUUUUGGAUCGACAUACGUCUAUGGCUAUCAGAAUGUUGCUUUUGAGGUGAUGAAGAAUGGUCAUAUAGCCACUAUUACUUUGUUCCAGUCAUGAUGUGUCUACCGUCCGAGUCUUUGCAGGGGCUUUUUAUGCUUUGGGUGGAGAGGCUACAUCUUCUACUACAGUCUACAGACUGUAAAUUUAACAUCAUGAUAUUAUCAAACUCUACAAAUGUAAAUGCUGUACAGUUACGUGUUAAGUUGAUAUCAAGCUUUGUAACGACAAUUAGUACUGUAUAUCCCAUUAUUCAGACUACUUGUCUAACUA